CCUUCCUGUUUACUGCGCAAGCAUCAGGUGACUGAACAGGCGAGAGCAGUGAGCGGCACACGAAAACAAGCAGAGGCACACGACGAGCGAGUGCCGGAGCGUGGUUAUGUGACUUACGUCCCACUUUGCCAUGUAUCCCACAUUUUUUGUGCCUUUAAAUUUCCUCACUCCACAGCAGUUAACUACUGGCCAAUAUCUCAACAAACCACACCUAACGCUCCUCUUCCUCCUCCUUCCCAAAACGACGGCUUUUCAUCCAUGGCCCUCCGCCCUCUGCUCCAUCUCCUUUGCCCCCUCUGCUUCCACUGGAUCGCCGAGGAGAUGACCGUCUCCGUCCUCGUCGACGUUACCACCGCCGCUCUUUGCUCCGGCGCCUCUACCUGUGCUGAGGUCAUUUACAUUAAUGGUCUUCAGCAGACGGUUGUUGGAAUUUUCAAGAUGGUGGUGCUUCCAGUAUUAGGUCAGCUUGCAGAUGAGUAUGGCCGGAAACCACUGCUAAUGGUCACUGUAUCCACAUCUAUAUUCCCUUUUGCUGUACUUGCUUGGAAUAAGUCAAAAGGAUUUGUAUAUGCUUAUUAUGUGCUUCGUACGGUUUCAUAUAUUCUAAGUCAAGGGAGUAUUUUCUGCAUAUCGGUUGCUUAUGUGGCUGAUGUGGUUGAGGACAGUAAGAGGGCUGCUGCAUUUAGCUGGAUUACUGGAAUUUUUUCUGCUUCACAUGUCUUGGGAAAUGUUCUAGCACGUUUUCUUCCUGAAAAGUACAUUUUUGAGGUGUCAAUAGCCCUCUUAAUCUUUGGUCCAGUUUACAUGCAACUGUUUUUGGUUGAGACAGUUAGACGGGCUCCUAGGCAGGAUCAACAUUCAACUGGCUGCACAAAGAUUUUCAAGGUUUUGCAGGAAAGAUGCCUCUCUAUGAAACAUGCAGCAACUCUGGUUCUUAGCAGUCCAACACUCAAGGGAAUAUCUAUUAUUUCCUUCUUCUAUGAGUUGGGUAUGUCUGGCAUCAGUGGGGUCUUGCUGUAUUAUCUGAAGGCAGCCUUUGGUUUCAACAAAAAUCAAUUAUCAGAAAUUUUGAUGAUGGUGGGAAUUGGUUCAAUUUUCUCUCAGAUGUUGAUCCUUCCUCUAAUAAAUCCAUUAGUUGGUGAAAAACUAAUACUUUGCACUGCAUUGCUUGCUUCAAUAGCUUAUGCAUUGUUCUAUGGGUUGGCAUGGGCAUCAUGGGUACCAUACCUCAGUGCCUCAUUUGGAGUCGUCUAUGUCCUUGUGAAACCUUCUACUUAUGCUAUUAUUUCAAAAGCAUCAAGCUCAUCCAAUCAGGGAAAAGCACAAGGAUUCAUUGCUGGAAUCCAGUCUGUCGCAAGUUUGUUAUCACCACUCGCAAUGAGUCCACUGACAUCAUGGUUCCUGUCUAGCAAUGCCCCUUUCAAGUGCAAAGGUUUCAGUAUCGUUUGUGCAUCAUUAUGCAUGAUGAUUGCUUUAUGUUAUGCUGUUUUCCUGAAACAAGAUGAACCUGCAAAUGAUGAGUUGAACAACAAUAUUGAUGACAUGGAAGCAGCUCUUCUAUCAUAACUGUUGAAGAUAGCAGGAUAGUAGUAAGCUCAAAACAGGACUCUAAGGUUGCCAAUGUGUGCAUAUUCCAGGGGAUCCAAGCCUACCUCCUGGCUCAAAAGUCCAACAAAGGAAAAUACAUGCAAUCCUGGUAUUCCUUGUGUUGCUGUUGUAAAUGAUGGAAUGUAAAUAGUAGUUUUGCAUAAUCAUCCAAUAUUAUUUUUGCACAA